GCUCCGGGGGAGCACGGAGGGGUCGCUCGGGGAGGGUAGCGACUCGAUGUCGUUGAGCCUCUCUUCUGGUGGCUUCAUUUUGUCCUUGCGGCAAAAUCCAUGAGACUUUACUGACGGCGGCGUGCCGAGCAGAGGCUGCUCGUUUGGACGUGCGGACUGCAUUUGUACCCGUCCCGCUGUUCUCGGCAUCCUCAGUGCUUUGCCUUGUUGCAGAAUGCCUGGGAAACACGUUAAUGUAGUUUUGCAUUUCUGUGUCUACAGGUAGAUUUGCCUUCUCGGCUCUUCUCCUUUGCGGACCUCCCGUCUGGGUGCAGCGAUGUGGUUCUUGGACAAGAUCAGACCGCCGCAGGGCAGCAGGAACCUCCCGUGUGCCUCCUUCCUGGGCCUGCCACCCGGCCAACAUCUGCUGGAAAAAGCCCGCCUGGGGGCUGCUGCUUUCCCCAACGUGCUCACCCCGGACAGAAUCCCGGAGUUCUGCAUCCCCCCCCGGCUGAGCACCGCUGCUCCUGCUCAGGGUCCCGGCUCCCGCCAGCACCACGGCUCAGAGGAUGCACGUCUCAGUUCCUCUGACCACAGCUCCGGUUAUUCUUUGCCCCACUUCAUCCAGGUGGAAAGUGCUGAAGAGUUCCCAGCGCUGGAGGAAGAAGGCACCAACUCAGACCCGCAGUCCCAAGCUGCGCUCUCCCUGCCUCACUUCCCCAGAGCUCCCACUUCCUACGGCUUCUGCACCUUGCUGGAGAGUCCCCACACCAGGAGAAAGGAAUCGAUCUUCCACGGUGACACGUGCGGGGCUCUGCCCAGCCUGACACGGCCUCGAUCCAGAGCUAACACAUUCGGUGGCAAAGGGAACACGUCCAAUCCCAUUGCUAUCAGCUUCACUUCGGUAAGGCUGCCUCCCAGGCACCUGCACAGGCAGGGUGCUUGCGACAGCGACACUGCCUCCUCCAGCGACUCCUCUCCUUUCAGCUCCCCGCUUCUCAGCAGAUCGCCUCCCAGAUCCUGCUCCUUGAUCAAGGCACGAAGUCAGGAAGGAUUGCUCUGCCGAGCCCUGAAGGCCAAGAACAAAUCUGGCAUGUCCAGGAAUAAUUCUCUGUCUACAGAAGAGAGCAGCUCCACUGAUAACAGCCCCAGUGCCAUCAGGCGGGCCUCGGAGGGGCUGCUCGCCGCACGGAGCUGCAGUGUGUCUUGUUCUCCCCUCUUUCCCCUGGACUUUGCCCGAGGCCGGCAGAGACUGGUGGGAGAAAGCACCGUAGUCAUGGACAAGGGGGGCAUGUUGAGACUGUCAGCUGAAUACUGCUCAGAAAAUGAAAGGCUGAGGAUCCGUCUGAUCAGUGCAGAGGGUUUAUAUGAUGACUCUGUAGAGCCCAAAAACAUAAACUGCUGCAUUACCCUCUCCCUGGUGCCAGGGAAAACACAGAAACAGAGAAGCACUGUUAUAAAGAGAAGCAGGAAUCCCAUCUUCAAUGAGGACUUCUUUUUUGAUGGCAUUGCAGAAGAAGAAUUGCUCAGCCACUCUGUGAGGAUGAAAGCAACAAAUAAAGGGUGCAGCAUGAAACGGGACUACACCUUAGGAGAACAGGAAUUGUCUUUAAUGAGUAUGUUGUCCUUGUAAUACUACAAACAGACCCAUUUUGUAUUCUGAAAGUUUUCUACUAAAUAAAGUUUUGGUUUCUUUUUCUUAGAGAAUACUUGAAAA